UAGUGCCUAAAGUUCCAUGCAACAUGUUCUCCCGGUCAUGUGAACUGGCCUUAGUUUACAUCUCUCGUGAAGACACCAACGAUCGUCACCGUAUCACACCCAAGCUACAAAAUGCCAGAACUCACAGAACUUGACAAAGCGGCAAGCUCCGAGCCGUCAAAAGUGGAGAUUGAGGCAGCAGGAUCAGGCACAGAUUCCGACUCUGAUGACUCAAUUCCUGAGCUCGAGGAUCCCACAUCCGCCGGUGGAGUUGGCUUCUCUGGUACAAAUGUCGGACUACCAAUUGAUGUAAUUUCCAAGGCAAAACAGAGCAGAAGUGAGAAGAAAGCCAGAAAACUCAUGAGCAAACUAGGACUCAAGUUGGUCCAGGGUGUCAACAGGGUGACUAUUCGUAAAUCAAAAAACAUUCUUUUCGUCAUCAAUAAGCCAGAUGUUCUGAAAAAUCCCGCAUCCGAUACUUACAUCAUCUUUGGAGAGGCUAAGAUCGAAGAUCUUAGUCAGCAGGCGCAAGUGGCAGCUGCUGAGAAGUUCAAGGAGCCACCAACAUUGUCAACAGCCGAGGCUGGUGGUAGCACAACGAUUGUUGCACCAAUUCAAGAGGAGUCCGAGGAGGAAAUUGACGAAACUGGUGUGGAAGAAAAGGAUGUUGACCUUGUGAUGACGCAGGCGAAUGUUUCCCGAGGGAAAGCCAUCAAGGCCCUUAAAAAUAAUCAGAACGAUAUCGUUAACGCCAUUAUGGAAUUAACGAUGUGAUGAAACAGACUAGGAGUUAAGGCACAGCAGUUUUUUUUUUCAACUGCUGCGAGUCACAAUAUCAAUAAAUUAUCAUUUUGGAAUCAGUCAUCGUUUUGCUUUGUUCUUUCCAUUUGUAAUUUCAUUUAUGAAGGAAUACUUCGACGGCUAACUUUAAAAAUUGAUAUACGAAUCUGUAUGCAAGUGUUGGAUGAAAAUUUGUGAGGAUUGAUGAGUGCUAUUGGUGUGUCAAUCACAUCAUCAAUGUCAAACACCUGCAUGUAUAUACAUGAAUAAACAAGCUAUCAUGAA